AAAUAAAACUGCUGCAAAAGAAAUGUAACCUACCGCCACGCAAGUUGAGUGUUUUGUAGCCUUUCAACAUAACUUCCUGCAAAGAUGGCAGACAAUGCUGUAGAAAAUUCUGCAAUGUCUACGGCUGCAACAGAAGAGCCCAUGGAAACUGUCCAAGAAAGUGUGAGCUCGAUACCCACCCCUCCCCCUGCUACGCCAACUGCUGCCCCGCCCACUGCUGCCCCUGACCCCCAGCCUGAGGUGAGAGCAGACCCUCCUGCUGAGACUAAACCAGAUGUGAAGGUAGCGUCAGCAGAGCUGGAGAAGUACUGGAAACCCGUGAAGAGCAACCCCAAUGACUUCACUGGCUGGACUUACUUACUGCAAUAUGUUGAACAAGAGGAUGAUAUCGAUAACGCUAGGGAAGCAUAUGAAGAGUUUCUCUCCAACUACCCGUAUUGCUAUGGAUACUGGAAGAAAUAUGCAGACCUUGAGAAACGACAUAAUGAACUAGCUAACGCCAUUGAUGUGUUUGAGCGCGGGGUGAAGGCGGUGCCCCUGAGUGUGGAGCUGUGGCUACACUACAUUCAGUUCUACAUCAAGGAGCUUCAGAAUAUUGAAGAGACCAGGAGAUUGUAUGAGAAAGCAAUCAUCGCUGCGGGCACAGAAUUCCGCUCUGACAAGCUGUGGGACAGCUACAUCAACUGGGAGAAGAUAACAGAUCUCAAGAGGGUGACCAACAUCUAUGACCGACUUUUCCACAUCCCUACACAGUUGUACAGUCACCACUAUGAAAAUUUCAAGAAGCACGUGCUAAACCACCACCCCAAGGACAUCCUCGUCGUGGAUGAGUUCAUUCGACUGAGACUCGAGGUCGUGAGUGAGACUGACCCCACGUCAGUGGCCCCUAGCGACGAUGCUCCACCCGGUGUCGAGGCACCCCCAGGGAUAGAUGACAAGAAAGAGGAGAAUCCUGAAGAGACGAACAAGAUACGAGAUAAGAUCCUCAAGCAGAGAGAGAGCACAUUCAAGAGUAAUGAGGAGGAAGUCAGCAAGAGAUGGGUCUACGAGGAGGGGAUAAAGCGGCCCUAUUUCCAUGUGAAGCCUCUAGAAAGGUCCCAGUUGAAGAACUGGAGAGAGUACCUGGACUUUGAGAUCCAGUUCGGGACCCACGAGAGGGUGGUCGUGCUCUUUGAGAGGUGCAUGAUUGCUGCAGCUCUGUAUGAGGACUUCUGGUUGAAGUAUGCGCGAUACCUGGAAGACCAUUUCUCCAACUUGAAGAAGGCAGCCACAGACUCCACAGAGCGCAGUGUCCCCCUGGAUGACACAGGCCUGGAGGCUGUGAAGAGUGUGUACAAGAGAGCCUGCACCAUACACCUCCCCAAGAAACCCUACGUGCACCUGGCAUGGGCAGCCUUUGAGGAGAGACAAGGUCGCCACAACGAUGCCUGGAAGAUCCUGUCCAAUCUGGAGGACGCAUUGCCGGGUAUGGUUAUGGUUGCUAUGCGACGGAUCAGUCUGGAGCGACGCAUCGGCAACCGCGAGAAAACAGAGAUGCUCUUCCAAGAAUACAUUGAUAAGGCCACAGACAUGAAUGUCCGCACUUUCUAUGUCAUCAAAUAUGCAAGAUAUCUGUUUAAGGUUCUUGGAGAUGAGAUCCGGGCCAGGAAGAUCCUCAUGGAGGCUCUUGAGAAGGACACACGCAAUGAGAAGUUGUACGUGCACUUGCUGGACAUGGAGUAUCAGAAGAGACCAAUAAACGUGGACAGUGCCCUUGAAAUCUUCUCACGUGCCAUGACCAGCGCCGACCUCACCAUGAACACCAAGAUCAAGAUGUCCCAGCGCAGGCUUGAGUUCCUUGAGGACUUUGGCUCCAGCAUCGUGCAGUUAAAGGAGUGUUAUGAAGAGCAUCAGAAGCUGAUCAAGGACAUGCAGUCCUCGGAGAAGAAGAGGAAGGCAUCCACCGAGAACUCAAGUGAGGAACUAACCAUCGCCGCCCAGGUGCAAGCCCCUCCCCCAGAAAAGAAGCCAAAGUCCAACGUGGCGGUCAACGGGGCGGUGGACCAGUCACAGAUGAUGCAUGACUACACUGCCUACUGGCAACAGUAUCAGAACCACGCAGCAGCCUACUACCCCCAGGGGUGGGGCACGUACGGACAGUAUUACAACUCAUGAUGGCCAGCAAGACAUUUAGAAGUGUACAGCAUGUAGCAGCAGAAGUGUAUGAGAACUACUGACGGUGCACUGAGACUUAGUGAAAACAUGUUUUGGAUAUUGAAGAUAUGAACUUAUGUUGUGUCUUGUUUUAUGGAAAGAUGCCGGAAAUGCGUAGUACUAAACUUUGUGUGAUGAUAUAUUUAUUAGGUAUAAAUCACUAUUAUGACAUCAUUUUGCCAUUGACAUUAUUUAAUAAGUGGUUCAUAAAUUGUUCAUGUUUUCAAACUUGUAAUAUUUUUGUUGGGUAGGAGUUCAUAAUAUGUGUCUGUUUAUGUUAUUGAUGCAGUUACCAUGGUUACCAGUGCGGUUCAUGAAUCUUUCACAUGAUCACUGUGAGAUCUGCAUUUUAUGUUUGUUUUUUAACUGUUUAUUUUUAUUCUGUAAACAUUCUUGGCUGUGCAUAUAAUUGCAUCUGCUAGUGAGUGGAAAGUUUGAAGUAUAAUAACAACAUGAAAUGAUUUCAAUGGCUACAUAUGCCUACAAGAUUUAAAAAGAUAAUAUUCAUACACAAAUCUCUGUUUUUGAGUAUUUUGCGUUCAACGAUAUAUGGAUUUCAUAUAUCGUAGUGAACACACCUUUUGUAAAGUAAUCAAUUGUGUAAUCUGCAUCCAGAAGGCAACAAAUCCCAUCAUCCUUUAAUAUAUUACAUUAUAAUGACAACAUCAUGUUAAAUGAUAUGUUCUUAAUAAUAUGUAUUUUUAUGUGUGCCAUUUUUUUGUAAGUAAAAAUGUGUUUUGCGUUUUGUUAAGCAGAAAUGAACUGCCUGGUUUAUGUGCUAUUAAAAUGAUAAUAUGAAA